CUGCGCUCAGUCGUAUCAGCCGCCUGGGACUUCAGUGGUACGGGACGAGCUAUAGCUGUACCAGGCAACCACCCGGGUAAUGAAAUACACCAUCGCCUUGCAGAUGGGGCAAAAAAAAAUAUAAAAACUAAGACAAUACAAAAUCAACAAAGUAAAUCCUGCAAUCUUUUUUUUUUCUGCAUCUUCAAACAUGCAUUUCACAACACGCAUCCCAUAACACCUAAUUACCAAAACACACACGCAUCUCAACUCAUCCAUUAUUUACGCGUCCUUGUGCGAAAUACACAACUCGUUUAAUUAUCGACACUUGCUAGUGUCAUUUUAUUAAAAUGGUGGGAAAGAAGAGAGGUAUUACGACGGACGGACCUCUUCCAAGACGUCGCCGCCAACGCCGAACACUGCGCGGUGGCUAUGAAGAAGUAGAUGAAGAUGAAGAUAUACGAGACAGCGGUAAUAAAGGACCCCCAGCUGGAGAUGUGAAUGAUAAACAUACCCCUUUGAAUGAUGGCAAUGACAACACGGAUUCCCCUAUAGGGUCCGGUGGCGAUGAUGGAGAUAUCCCUAUGGAUGGCGGCGGUGGCUCAGGUCCCUCUGGCGGCGGUGGUCCAGGUCCCUCUGGCGGCAGUGGUAAUAUAGACCCCCCCUCGAGCGACACAGAGAGCGAUGAUGAUGUGCAGUCUGAAUCUGAUGCUGAUGUCGCAAUUCCGAGCAUUGAGGAUUGGAACGCGGAUGGUAGUUAUGUUUCUAGCAGUGAAGAAGAGGACGAAGCGAUUAUCAACCUAGAUGCGGUCCGUUAUGGCGAUACAGAGGAAACAGUGGGCCGCACUGUACACUCCGCCUUGAAACCCUUAGAUGUUGCUGGUGCUGCGACGUACGAGGAGAUUCUCGAUGACGAUUUUCCUCCGAUUGUUGCACAAUUUGAUGAGGACGAAGAAGAAGAGAUAGAGUCAUGUAUAACCGUCGGCCAUUCAGAAACAACGAGUGAAAGCUCUAACACGAUACCCUCGUCAACACCACACACAACAACUCCCUCAACUAACCCUAACAGUGGCUCUGGUGGGGGCAAGGCACCCGACACAUCUCGUCUCAUGGAGAUGCACCAAAAUAAGUACAUCGAGACGUCAAUGUUCGAAAAGGCCCUCGCCAUAUAUGCCAGUGUCAACGGAGUGAGUCGCAAACAAUGGGCAGCGCUCCGGGAAGUCCUUCAUAUCAUUCGUGAUGACAAUGGAAACCCAAUCAGAGACAUCAUCAACCUUCCAAAACAACUCUCAACUCUAACUGAGCGUCUUCGUAAACGCUUACCCCUUAUGAACAUGCGCGAGGUUGACAUCCCAUUGAAGGUAGAGAAGAUGCCUACAGAGACUCGUACCCGCAGAGCUAAAGCCAUGGAAAAGUCGAAGCUGCGGGCUCAGGGUAAAGCUCCAGAACCUGCAAAAGCCGGGAAUAAUGAUAAGGGUGCGGAUGACGAGGAAACCCAUACCAUCACUACGAAGCUCACAUUCUUUGAUCCCCCAACCCUCAUCAAGAACUACAUUUCCUCUGAUAUCGCCAAGGAUAUACACUUCGGCCCAGCUAUACUUGUGGAUUACCCUACCGAGCUAUACCAGUCUCACUGCUGGUCUGGCUCGGUCCGUACCUCCGGCGGUAUAUAUCCACACCUUAAACACUCCGAUGUUGCCAUAUUCCCGAACGACUGGGUAUAUUAUCGCUGUGUCGAACCAAACUGCUUUUGUCACGAAAUUGAAGACUAUACUCCAGAGUCCCUCGACCUUCAUAUUGGACGAGUGUACGGCUUCGGGUGGGAUAGGCGUACCGAAUCCUGCACAAAUAAAAGCGAUAAAGUUCUAGCUCUACAAAUCCAAGAGGCCCUCAAAUACGAGAAUAACGAUCAUCGGGUAAGAGACGUCGUCUUAACACCUCCCCACGAUGAGAAUGAGCUUAUUCUACUCUCUACGGUUACAUGCAUUCCAGAGACCAGCGUAUAUUCUAUAGUUGAUGUCUUCUGCGACUACCAGUUCGGGGAAACUCUCGACAACCCAAACCCUCCACCUACUCGCACAGAUGGAAAAAGGCUACCAAAAAAAGAUAUUCCGUUGCCAAAGUACCAGAAUCCUCAGUUCGCGAAACAGGAACCAGAACACGAGUAUUAUUACGCUCGUCGCAUGAUUCGAUUUGAACGAGAGACUGCGGGUGAUAUUGCCCCCACUAAGAAGACAGCCGUUCCGCUCUGCCACACCCAUCCCAUCCGUGCUGAUCUUGAAAUUAAGCAUUACGGCAGAGACAUGUUCGAGUUUGAAUGGGAUCAGCGUCGUCCCAAUGCUAAACCUAUCAUAUCCUUGCCGUUUCUCGCAUUUAUUGAUGGGUUCGGUGUGUUCUCUAACUCAUACCGAUCACUGAUGGGUUUCUAUAUCACUCCAGCCGGCCUAGUCGAGGAAGACCGUAGUCGCCCUGGUAAUAUUCUCCCUGUGGUUAUCGGACCGCAUGGCUCCGACUUUGGCGAUGUUGUUAAAGCACUUGGUACCCUUGCAGAUCUCGACAGAGGUGUUACUAUGAACAUCAAUGGCGUCGACACGUUGGUGUGCGCGUUCGCCCUGUGCUACAUAGGCGACAUGCCUCAGCAAUCAGAGAACUCUGGGUUCAAAGGACCCCGGGCUCAUAAGUUUUGUCGUGGUUGCUACAUUACAUCUGGCAAGAGCAAAAAGUCGAAUUCGACUCGCCCCGAUAAUGUGCUGGACUUUGACAUCAUCAAGCAUGGUCGAUUUCACCAUCAGGUAAAACAGAUGCAACGCACCAUGGCAAACGAACACGUUGAUGCAGCAACAAAGGACACAUACGGUACACAAUGGGGCAUGUCCGACCCUUCUCCGUCGCUCGAGUUUAUCUCGCCUACAUUAGACCUGGUCCUGUCGCGACCAUUUGACCCAGCACAUUCAGAGUACAAUGGGUUAUGUAACUUGAUGCAUUUCUUACUCCGAGAUGGUAUACUAAAGCCUACUGCGGUACAUGAUUAUACCCUGGCGUUCCGUAUGUGGCCGUCACCGCCAGGUUCGCGUCGACUGCAAUCCCCGAAACAUCACCUGGCCAGUUACAACAUGUCCGCUCAUGCUAUCUGGUCAAUUAUGGUCCCAGCUUUCUUACGAGAUUGGUUGAAGCCCAGUCACAUCAAACAAUCCUUUUUCAAAGCGGCCAGCAACUUUGGUGACCCGGUCGAUCUUAUCAUCGCUACAUGUGUCGCCAUCGCAAAGAGCAACACAGUCCUUGUAGGCUCAAAGGCAUCGAAAUCAGACCGUGAUAAUAUGACGCACGUAGUCAAAAAGGCGAGGGAAUUAUUCACUCAAUUGUGUAUAUGCGUUUGGGCGUCGGCGGGCUCGCGGGCAAAUUCACUUGCAUCGACCCGAGGCACACCUGCAGUCAACAAGGUUGCUGAUAUCGUCGAUCAAUUUGAAAACCGUCCUGGCGAGGCUGAUAAGGGACGGUCUAAUCAGUAUGUCAAUGAUACCUCCAGACCAAACAUUCAUAUAGCGGUUCAUUAUGAUGCGCUUGCAGAGGAAUACGGCGUUACUGUGAACUGCAACACACUCAUAGGGGAAGAUUUACACCGUUUUUUCAAGAUCCACGUAUACGAGACGAACUAUUCAAACAUUGAGUUCGUCCUGUUGAUGAAAAUCAACACCCGGCUAUCACUUCGUUUCGUACUUCGCAAUGCGUUUCGCGACGACGACCCCGGUCUCACUAAUGAAAUACAAGAACUAUAUCAGAAAUGCCCUACCCUUUUCAAGAGUUCCCUUUCUCACACUGACCGAACCGAACUCGAAGAUACACUCGAAUCUGUUGACAUUGAAUUAGACGUGACGACGUCUGUGGACGAUUCGCAUAUUGACACAUGUAUAAUAAACCGCAUCCCCACGAAAGAGGUAAGACGCAUAACGCAUCCGAUAUACGACAACAAACCCCUACCUACACGAGCCGCGAACCUACCCGUACCAUUUACUGCUAACCUACGACUGGCAUAUUCCCGCGAUUACGGCUACCCGGCUCACCAUCCCACUGCAUGGGAUCCCAAUGCAAAAGUUCAAUGGGCCCGCAAGCUUGGGUUUACUGAUAGGGCCACCAAAGACCGCUUGGUGUUUAGCCAAGGAGACUACAUAAACUAUGGCAGCCGUCAUAAAUUUGGUCGACUAGACCAUAUAUUUCUGUUUGAUGUUUACGGUGAAAGACAUAUUUUUGCUGUUGUCACUCCUCUGCGACGAGACGGCACACGAGACGCAUUACUCGACCUCGAAAUACUGCAGGAGUCAAACGACGACCCAAUUAUCAUUGGCGUACCUCAGAUUCAACCGACCAGGCCGUAUCUAGUGCCCAUCGACGGACUUGGAAUCAUUCUAGUGGAUUGGUCAAUCAAAUGGUUGUAACAUCUGCAACAUUCUAGGCCAACCAUUCCGAAUACGCCCGAUCCACGAAAUUUCCAAGCUAUCUGCCUUAGUUUUGGAAUUUGCAUGCUCGGAACCUUACGCAAACUUUAUACAUCUAUCGACUUCGUCAUAAUGUCAACGCAAUGUCGUACGACAACAAGGAUCUGAUGUAUCGGCUUCCCAUCGCAUGUAUCGCAUGGGCGCCAGUACUAGGAAGACAAUAGGUACUACUAACAACACCUAAUCACGAACGGUGUCAUACCUUAUAAAAUGAUUCUCUACAGUAUAAAAUGAUUCUCUAUAAUACACAAUGACUGUUUCCUACAAAAUGGUUCUCAGUAUAAAAUGAUUCUUCUUGCCAUACAAUGAUUUUUUCGCCAUAAAAUGAUCUCUUAUCGUAAAAUGAUUCCUUAUCGUAAAAUGGUUUUCCUUAUCACAAAAUGGUUUUCCUAUCAUAAAAU